UUAGUUUCAUUUGUGGAAAGAUAACGCAGUGUACGGUCGCAGUAAAUGACAGUGUACAAUAUUAUAUACAAAUGAUAACGUCAUGAUCUUCCCAUAUUUCAUUUUGGCUUUCGGGCUGACUGCCGUAUCAGCUGGUGGUCUCCAGGCUUUGUUUCCGCAUCUGAAUCGCCAGUACAGCUUCACUUUGAAAACCAACUCGUCAUCAGGUAUCCUCGCGCCCAGAGAAGGGAAUUCCUUCUGGACGUUAGAAGGUAGACUGCUGGUCACCGUGUAUGAUAAUUAUACGAAGGCUAGAUUCAAAUUGGAAGAUUUAAAGACGUCCUACCAGUCCGAGGAAGCUGCCGGUUUUCUAAAAAAGACAUGGGAAGCCGACUAUCAGACAAAUGGUUUGAUCAGUGGCAUCUUCGUGGGAUCAGAACCGGUGUGGGCAACCAAUAUGAAGCGAGCUCUUGCUAUUAACUUCCAGAUGAAAAAGGAAUCCGGCACGUAUGGUAACUAUGAGCCCUGCUUGUACGAAAGUUGCCUGAUGGUGUACACAGCGGUAGGUGACAGUAUAAAGAAGUACUGCAGCGUGAAGGUCUCCUCGCCGAGGACUGAACACAGCUGGAGCUCCGUGCCUUGGACUCAAGAUUAUGAGGAACGGAAUGUUCCUGAGAUGGUGUCUACAUCUGAACGUGUGUACAUACUAGAUGAAAACAGAGGUCUGAACAGUAUGGACAUGAAGGGGAUGUUCCAGUACAAGAUACAUGAUCAUAUUCUUUACGUCGCUUCUGAAUUAUCCCUUUACUACGACACAGAAGUUCCUGUAGAAAGUCUGGAGAAGUUAGAACUGACCAGGAGAGAUGUUCAGUAUGAUGCUGGAGAUUACAGGAAUCCAUCUAACUUCAUCAAAACUGUUACACAAGAGGAUUUAAAGAAUAAAACUUAUGAAAUACUUUUGAAGAUAGCUAAGAAAGGCAUCGACGCUGACAAUAUAGUGAAAAACGAAGGUUUAAUUCAUACAAUGGAUUUUGUGGAUUUACUAAACACAAUGUCUCGUUUAACGUACGAUUCCUUCAAACGUCUUUUCGACGAACUAGUUCUUGGCACCAGCUACGAUCUGGAGACAGCCAGGAAUAUUUUCUUGGAAGUUCUGCCUCACUCUAGAAGUGACGCUUGUGCUCGCUUCAUCAGAUAUUUGGUGAUAGAUCAAAAGGAGAAGAUAGAGGAUUCAUCUCUUCUAUCACUACUUCGUAAGCUACCUUACAACGUCGCAGAUUACAGUCAAAGUCUUCUAGAAGAAUUAGAAGUAUUCACUAGACUCGGUCUAGACUUCCCUCCUUCCAUACGUCACGCUGGUAUUUUGUCAUUUGCAACUCUCGCGUCCAAGACUAUGGACGCGUCGUUAGUUAAACACGAUUACUUCGAUAAUGUUGUUGUUAAAUUCUUCAGGAUGUACAGUGACUGUCCUCAGUAUUUAGACCGUAUGGUCUGGCUACAGGGUCUCUGUACUCUAGGGUACACCGCUGACUCCUAUAUCAGGACAAUACAUGGUGAUAUCACCAGGAACCGACACGAGAGACUAUGGGCCUCCUUGGCUUGUGGACCUGAAACUGCUAAAGGAUAUAUGGUUCUAGAAACAGCUCUACCGAUCCUCACGAAUGACAGAGAGCAUAUUCAGCUUAGAGUAGCAGCGCUACAUUCCCUUCUUAGCUCUGAUAUCAGUGCUAGUGACUUCCUUUUUAUCCACAACUACAUCAAGGAAUGCAAUAAUGAUCAAUUGAAGAGAUUUUGGUAUUCCACUGUGAAGACCAUGGAGAAGAAUAAGUUCUUCCAUGGGUAUAAGGCCGCGUCUCUAUAUGUCCCAUUCAUAAGUAGUCAAGUCACAAAUCCCGGGACUACCUUUUGGUCUACUAAUAACUUGGUGUUCACUGUGGGUGAUGAUGAAGACACAGCAUCAGUGCAUUUCUUUAGCGUGGGAGAACCAGAUGGGCCUAUGCCCGCUAUGGGUGGGAUUAAACUGUCUACUGGGGGAAGAAGACCGUACCAACCAUCGAUUUAUUUCGUCGGUGAAGGACUUUCGUGGGUGCUGUUAAAGAAACUCCUACAAUCAAGAAACAUGAGCCAGGGAACUUUGAUCUCUAUGUUGGAGAAAUUAAGUGCUUGGAAAUUGAGAACACCAGAACCGGUUCAUAUAGAUAUAGUUGUGAAGAUCGGAGACAAAACAGUGUUUGCGAUGCAUAUCAACCAAUCGGAUUUAGAAGAAACGUACAACGAUAAAAUAUUCAAAUUCAUCGAUGACUUUCUGAAGUUCGGCAGUCAUAUUAACCAGCAGUUGGUCUACUAUCCAUUUCAGAUGGAUUGGAACAUAGCCAGUGAGUUGGGUACCCCUGUAAGGCUUCAGAGGACUAUCGUAGGGUUCUCAUCAGUACGAGGCAACCUCACUGCACAUCCAGAGACGCAAGGACUCACCUGGGACAAUGACCUGCAAAUCACGUACCAAGGCACGGCUGUAACAUCACUGUGCACGGACGGACCGAUCCUUCUUUCGGAACAUACGACCAGGAUUCAACAGUCUAUAGUCGCACUCCUGCCUAUGAAGUUCAACGUCUCUCAUCCCUUGAAUGCGAAGAAGAUUGAACUAACACUGUUGUUCCCGUUCACGCAGCGCGCUGGACUUGCUCUCCAUUCGCGUGUGAUGGUCAAUAUGGUGACCAUCGAGGGUAGCUUUGAAAAUAUUGUUAUCACUGGGAAAGAUACUUGUGAGAGAGAGCAUAUUGAUGGUGUCAGUGAUGACCGGCCGCUGUCCGGUGCAGAGACCACUGGCAAACUGAUGACACACGUUUUUGAUCUGCUAACUCCACUCAAGUCUUCUCAGAUCGCAUUAGAGAGCAUUCUUCUCCUUAACUUCCCGCCAUCAGGCACAUGUGGUGCCACAAUAUUUGUCUCCAGUCUCAAAAAUUACGGAGAAGGAAAGGUGACAUUAGAACUCGGUGUUAACAGAUGGAACUUCUUGACUGAAGAAGAUAAAAUUGAUGUGGAUUUCAGUUUUGCAAUUAGUUUUUACAUUUUGAAUCAGAAUCGAGAGGAGCCUGUAAUUAAGGUGUACUCAGAGACCAGUAUUAGCAGUCAGGAUGGUAACUUGACAGCUGAAGUGGCAGUUAGAGGGAAAUUGCCCGAUACAUUCCAUAAUAUCACUGAUAGAUAUGUCAGAUUGUGCUAUCUCCAAGAAGUAUCAACGCAAACUGCAGCAGAUCAAGAUCUUUAUUCUUAUCCAUCUUCUUAUUUAGGACAGAUAAUACUAUUAUUAGAUUUCUCUAAAGAAUACAGAACUUGUUAUGAAAGAGCGGAAAAUAAACUUAAGAUACAAUACAAAGGUACACCAAAGAAUACAUCUGGAGUAUUAGAGAGACAUGUUGAAUUUCAAAUUCAAGGAAAACAAGGCAUCGAUCUUGUCCGUCAUGUGUUACCGAAAAGGGUUUUAGAGACUGCAAAGGAUUUGUUCAGUGGCAGCUAUGAUAAAGAUUCAAUAAAUGCUGAAGCUGAGAUGAAGGAGAAGAAUGGUAUGAUUCAUGUGAAGAGUAAAACUGGAAGUGAGGUUAAGUUCAGGUCUGACAAUUUGGAGUGGUUGCUUGACAGCUUUACCACAAUGCAGGUCAUGACUAAGUAUGGAUUGUACCGUGAGUGUCGUCUUCAAGAGUCGACGGUUGAAACGCUGUAUGGCACCACGGAACAGCUGUUAUCGGUUCAAAGUGACGCUAUAGCUUUGGCGGAUUGUUCUGAUUUUUCAAGUUUUGCUAUUAUUCGCGACCAAAAUGGAGGUGUGAAAGUUUACACUGGAUUGAAUAACAUCACUGUCAGAGGUGGUUCAGUAAAUGUAUCAACAGAUGAACCCAAUUUUAGGGUACGCACUAUAGGUGAUGGUGUUAAGAUUACAUCACUUGUCACCGGUGUCACAGUCUACGUCAGAUAUACAGAGACUGUAAUUCUCGUACCACAUUCGUAUAUGGGUACACUUUGCGGGGAAUGUGUAGGCAGAAGUAGAAAAUAUCUUGACUACUCGUAAAUAUGACUGUCUAUUAAUUAUAACUCAUAUUAACUAUGAGUGUUCCUUAGUGAAUAUAUUUUAAGACAAAUCUCUGAUACAAUGUAAUUGUAACCAUGACUCUAAAUGUGAAUUUACAGCAGUGGAUUGUCAACUACUUCAUUUUAUAAUCUGUUUGACAG